CUUAUGAAUAUGUCAAUAUAUUAAAAGUGUACGAGCUAAAACAAAUUGUGAUCUACAAGCAGUUCAAUGUAAACUACUUCGCAACAAGUCAACCUAGUGCAUUUAUAAUCAUCUUAUUUUGGAAUUUUCAUCAUGUUCAAUUUUCUGAAUUCUGUUUCGUCCUGGUGAGUAUAUAUUAUACUUUUUCUUUAUAAUAGACUUUAUCAUUUUCGAUCAAUAAUGGCUUAUAAUAUUUUGCUUGUUUAAAUUGAACAAAUUUAAAAUUAUGUGUUGUUUUAGCAUUUAAUCAGGGUUCACAUACAUUUAUUGAUAAGCUAUCAAUAUGUCUGUUUAUUGUAUUUGAAUAAAUUAAAUAUCGAAUUUAAGUUAGAUAUAGUGUUAGGAAUUUUUCUUAAUCGACCCCUUGUUGUAUUUAGUACUAUGAUAUUUGAACAUUAUAGAAUGAAAGAUGUUAGAAUUGAAGGGUUAUAUCGAGCCAGUAUAUUUCAUUAGGCUCGUUAUAACCUUUCGAUUUCAGGAUCUCAUUUUAAUGCUACCAACACUGNAAUAUCAGGGUUCACAUACAUUUAAUGAUAAGCUAUCAAUAUGUCUGUUUAUUGUAUUUGAAUAAAUUAAAUAUCGAAUUUAAGUUAGUUAUAGUGUUAGGAAUUUGUCUUAAUCGACCCCUUUGUUGUAUUUAGUACUAUGAUAUUUGAAAAUUAUAGAAUGAAAGAUGUUAGAAGUGAAGGGUUAUAUCGAGCCAGUAUAUUUCAUUAGGCUCGUUAUAACCUUUCGAUUUCAGGAUCUCAUUUUAAUGCAUCCAACACUCAAAUGAUAAAUUGUACCAUUAUUAAUUGUACAAAUCCAUAUUGACAUUAAGGUAAAUGUUUAUCACUGUAAAUUGAAUGUUUGACUAAUACCAUAGAAAUGUUACCUAGAUUCAUAAAUGUUGUCAAUUUCAAUCAGUCUUUAUAUUAUAAUAUUCACUAGGUUUAUGAAUUUAAGCAGUAUCUUUCAAUCUCGGUCUAUUACUGUAUUUUUGUAACCACUACUGUGGGUAUACAUUAAAUCAUAUCACAAUUUAUCCAAUUUAUAAUGUAAUGACUAUAUGAUAAUGGAAGAAACAACAUGUCCUCUGUUUUGAAAAGAACAACAUGUGUACAAUUAAAAUAAUUGAUCUACAAAUUGAAGGGUUAUCUCUGGCGGGUAUAAAUAAAAUGCUGGAAAUAACCUGUCAAUUUGAGGAUUUUUUAUGCAAUCUUCUAUCAACUAAUUGCACUUUAUGCAAUUAUAGACUGUCUACAGCUCUCUAAGUAAUUUAUUAUUUGAUAAUUUUUUAUCAAGUUGACUGUUUAUUUUUCCUAAAACCUUAAAAUCAUACUGUAAAUUUCUAAACAUUGUCAAACUAUUAUUAUUUGUUUAAUUUACAUGUGCUCCUUAUAUUAUAUUUAUUCUGAUUUUGUUUUUUUUUUUAGAUUUUGAAUAUGUCAAUUCAUUAA